AUGGCAGCAAAGGAACUAGUUUGUGGUGGGGUGAGACAACGUAUUGGGACUGGAACUUCCACUUUAAUCUGGGAACACCCGUGGCUGCAGGACGAUUUAGAUCCUAUGAUCCAUACAGAAAUGCCACCGCAGAUGGCAGGAGCUAAAGUGGUUGGACUAAUAGGCCCAGAUACAGGAACUUGGGAUUAUCAUAUACUAUCGGAUAUUUUCCAACCAAAUGAUGUACCAAGAAUUCUGAAGAUACCAGUCUCCCCAGACUAUGAUGAUAUGUGGUAUUGGUAUGGGGAUCCAAAGGGUUGUUAUUCUGUCAAGGAUGGCUACAGGCGCAUUGUUGGGAAUUACACAAUUACUAAUAAUGGAAGGGUGGAUGUAGAUCCAAUUUGUGCCAUGUGUGGAGUCAUGCAAGAGGACACUAUGCACUCAUUAGUAUUGUGUGGUUAUGCUAGUUACAUAUGGGUUCAAUCCAACCUUCCACUUCCUAAUAUUGUGACAAAUAUUUUCCAUGAGUGGUUUAGUGCAAUCUUGAAUGUUCUAGACACUAAUGGAGUUAUGUAUGCACCUGCGAUUCUAUAUCAUAUCUGGAGGGCACGGAAUAGAGCAGUAUGGGAUGCCUGCCUACUACUACCCAGGAAAUUGAUUACCGUGGCGAUUGCCACCAUGCAUGAAUGGCGACGUAUACACGACACGAUGGCCGACCGAGAUACUGCCGGCAACGCCACUAUUGCUGCCACGACCAGACCGCUUCUUCAUCCGCUGCCUGGUUCUGCUGCUACGGCCAUUAUGGCCAUUGCCGAUAUUCAACCACAAAAAUGCUUUGUCGGUGCCAGGUACUAUCACGCUAGGAACUCUGCCGCGGUGGGUGCUGUAUUGCUAGAUGCCGAUGGAAGAUAUGUUACGGCAUACAGUGCCCCAUUACCAAAUUGUUUCUCCCCACUCAUGGCCGAGACGUUUGCGUGCAAAGAAGCUUUAUCGUGGCUCCGAGAGCGCGGUGAACAGGAUAUCUAA